AUGGCGCUCCAGCUCGCCGCCCUGAACGACCCGCUCUCGGGCGCGCGCGGCGACGGCGGCGUCGAGGAAGCGCGGCGCACGACCGAGGCGGAGGAGUCUCUGCUGACGUCCGCGUACGAGACCGCGCUGCUCUUCAUUCGCGACGGGAAGAGGGAGGACGCGGUGCGCGAGCUCCGCGGGAUCCUUCGGAACGCGCUGAUGACCGACCGCGACGACGACGACGACGACGCGCCGUCGCUGACGCCGACGAUGACGCAGGUGAAGUUCCUCGCGCUGAAGAACCUGGGAAGGCUCGUCGCGGACCUCGCGAUCGAGCGCGAGGACGCGGGAAGCUCCGGCUCGGACGACGACGACGACGACGACGACGCCGACGAAGACGCGGAUCUGACGGCGACCGAACGCGACCUCGCGGCGGACUACGCGGAAGCCCUGCGCGCGUACGCCGCCGCGGUCGAGAUCGACGCCACGGACUCGAGCCUGUGGCGUCGCCUCGGCGCGCUCGCGUCUAGACGAAAUCUCCUCCACCUCGCGAGGCACGCGCUCGAGCGCGGCCUCGUCGCGAGGCCGAAUCACCCCCUCCUCCUCGAAGACCUCGCCGAGGUGCUCCUCGCGGUGGGCGACUACCCCGCGUGCGCGCACGUCGCCGGGCUGCUCUUGAGGCUCGACCCGCGGCAUUCGCGCGCGCGGGAGAUGCGAGCGGGGGGGGAGGGCGCGGAGAGACUGCGGUUGACGGCGGCGCACGAGGCGGCGCGGCGACGCGCGGCGCGGCGCGGACGCGCCGCCGCGCGCCACCGGAAACGCGGGCGCGAGGAGGAGACCGCCGCGCGAUGCGCGCGCGACGACGAGGCGACGCGAGACGAAUGUGAACGCGGCGAAGACGUCGCCGUCGGCGGCGCGCUGAUCGUGAAGCUCGAGCGAAGGACGUGGGAGGCUGUCGCGUGCGCGCUCGCGGCGACGAUGGACCCGACGACGUCCGGGGGGGCGGCGCCGGCGACGCGGAAAAAGCGCGCGGGGGGCGUCGCCGGCGACGCCGUCGACGCCGACGCCGCGCGGCCGUCGACGCCGCCGGCGACCGAGGCGGAGCCCGCGGGGACGCGCGGAGAAGGCGGUGCCGGACGGACAUGGCGGUGCCCCAACCGUGCGCCACCCCAACCUUGGACAGAGGAGGAACACCGAAUGUUUCUCGUCGGGCUCGCGAAAUACGGGAAAGGGAACUGGAGCGCCAUCUCUCAAAACGUCGUCCUCUCGCGGACGCCGACGCAGAUAAUGUCGCACGCGCAGAAGUACUACAACCAUCUCUCGAAGCACGGCGCGUGGGAGAGGGCGUGGGCGCCGACGGCCUCGGAGGCGGCGGCGGAGGCGGCGGCGGAGGCGGCGCUCCUUUCGGCGACGGCGGCGGCGGAGGCGGACGAGAUCGACCUGACGAAGGACGACUCCCCCGUGCCGGUUCGCGUCCCCGUGCCGGUUCGCGUCCCCGCGUCGGAACCCGAAACCCGCGUGAGGACGCCGUGGGCGGAGCAGGACGUGGACUUUCUCCUCGAGGGGUACGAACAGUUUGGCCCGGACGGAGAAGACUCGAAGACGCUGUGGGUGGACAUCCUCGCCGCGGGCGUGAAACAAAACCUGUUCAAGCACCGCACGCCCGUUGACUUGAAGGAUAAGUACCGGAACGUAUUAUUCAAGAGAGCGAGAGAGGCGGCGAACGCGUCUUCGCCGCCGCCGCCGCCGCCGCCGCCCGCGCACCCGAAGACGCCGGAACCGCGGCACUGGGCCGUCGGCGUCGCGAUCCCGGGGUCCACCCUCGGUAGACGCGUGCGGUUCGUCGUUCCCGCUUCCGGCGGCGGCGGCGGCUUCGAGGAGGCGAAACCCGUAUCGGGUAUCGACCGACCGUCGCGCGCGGGCGCGGGCGCGGGCGCGGGCGGCGGCGACGAGGACGACGCCACGACGACGACGACGACCGCGGCGGGGAUCGACGAAGCGCCGCGAGCCAUGGACGUCGACGCCGCCGCCGGGACGACGACGACGACGACGACGACGACGGGUAAAGCGGCGAACGCCAAGGCCAAGCCCGGGAGAAAACCGAAACCGAAACGCGAAGGCACGCGACGCGGCCGCAGCGCGAGCGCGUCGGAGAUAUCCACGGAGCCGACGUCCGCGCCGGCCGUGCCGCCGCCGCCGGCGGCGGCUGCCGCCGCGGAGGCGAUGGACGUCGACGUCGCCGCGCCGUCGGGCGCGGAGUCCGCCUUGGAGGAAGCCGCGGGCGCGUCGGGGGCGACGAGCGACGCGCCGAGGGCGGGCGCGGGCGCGGGCGCCGGCGCGGUCGAAAAGCCGCCCGCCGCCGGCGGAAAGAAAAAAGAUUCCGCGCCCGCGAGAAAGUCCAAGCGCCAGAUUGAAAAGGAAGAUCAAGAAGAGCGCGAACGCUUGCACAAGGAGGCUUGGGAGCGACGGCGCGCGGAGCAGCAGGUGGCGCUCGCGCUCGCGGCGGAGGAGAACAAGUGGCGCCCGAUGAAAAACCUCGCGAACGACUUGGCGUCGACGGCGCUCGGCGGCGACUCGGCGGCGGCGAUGCGCGCGGACGCGGACGCCGCCGCGAUCGUCGCGGCCGCGCCCGUGAUCCAAGACGACGCCGCAGAGAAGGAGAAGGAGAGGGAGAGUGAGUCGGCGGCGCCCGACUCGGCGCCCGACUCCUCGGCGCCCCCCGAAGGCGCCGAGGAAGAGCCGGAGCCCGAGGAGGACAAGGAAGAAGCCGCGGACGUCGCCGCGUUCCUCGGAAGCGUCACGUCGCGCAACAGCGGCGCCGCGGACGUCGCGUGGCGAUUACUCCUCCACGUCACCUCGCGCUGGUGCCCCACGAGCGAGGGCGCGAGCACGGACGACGUCGCCCCGGACGCCGCCGCCGCGGAAAAAUUAAAGGCGAAGCGGUCGAACCAGUGGACGAAGAAUCGCGCGCGCGACGUCUCCGGCGGCUUUUGCCUCAAAAACGCCCCGCGACCGGCGACGCUGCUCAGGCUCGCGGCCGCGUUCGGCGUCGGCGACGGCGCGGGCGCGCCUAGGGUGCACCUGUGCCUCGCGGACGCGGCGGUGCGCGCGUCGAGAGCCGCGCUCGGCGCCGCGUACGCCGCGACGCAUCAUCGACGACGCAAAGCCGACGGCUACGAAGGGCCCGUCCUCUCCGACGCCGCCGCGAAAGCCGCCGCGGAGGUCACCGAGGGGCUCCCGGCGUCGCACUUCGUGGACGCGGCGAACGCGCACCUGGACGCGGCGGUCGCGGCGGCGGACGACGACGACUUCGCGCUCAUGGCGGAGUACCACUUCGUGCGCGGGAACCUCGCGGCGGCGGAGGGGUCCAUCGCGCUCGCCGAGGAGCACCUCCGCGCGUCCGUGGACGCCGCGACGCUGGCGGAAUCUGGAUCUGGAUCCGAAGAAGGGGCGAAGCAGCGGCUGUUGCGCGACGCUUCUUGCGACGGCGCUGCUGACCGGCUCAGCGCCGCGGCCGCGCGCGCGGCGCUCGCGGACGUGCGCCUCCACGCCGUCGUCGCCGGCGCCGACGCCAGCUUGCAGGCGGGGAACACCGCGGAGCUCCUCGCCGUCCUCGCGCCGUUGCUCCUCCCGCUCGACGCGAGCGGAGCCUCUGCUGGGGCGCCGCAGCGCGGGGGGUCGCACGCGCCGGUCGUGUUGACCCCGACGCAGCGCGAGAAGGCGCUGCGGACGCUCGCGAAGGCGGCGAAGGCGGAGGGCGACGCGCAUUACCCGCUCGCCGCGGGAGGCAACGCGGCGGCGGCGAAAGUCGCGGAAUAUGCGUUGGCGACGGAAGUCCGCGCGCGCGGCGCGCUGUUCGCGGCGGUCACCGCGGGCGGCGCCGGCGACGCGGACGUCGUCGUCACGCGCGACGCGCUGACGGACGUGUUCGACGUGUUGCAGCGCGCGCGCUCGACGCGGACGGCGGGCGCGUUUUCCCCGGCGGCGGUGGCGGCGGCGGCGGCGCGCGACGCGGCGGAGAGAAAAAAAUCCGCCGCCGACGCGAUGGAAGAUUACGACGACGACGACGACGACGACGACGCGCGCGAGAUGGCCACGCAGCACGCCGCGCGCGCGAUCGCGUCCCUCGCCCCGCUGUUCUCGAAACAGAUCGAGGCGCAGUACGCCUCGCGCGCGAUCGCGCCCGGGGAGACGCCGACGAGGCGAAAAAACAAAGUCGAGCAGGCGAAGGAAGACGCGGCGGCGACAAUCAUGGAGCUCUCCGCGGAGGCGCUCAGCGUCAUCCAGCAGCUCACGUCGCCGCCCGACGACGUCGUGUUUACCGGCGACGACGGCGCGCCGGAAGAAGAUUUCCCGGAUGAUAACGUAACGGUCGCGGACGCGCCGUUAGGCGACGCGGACGCGCCGUCGCCGUUGAGCGUGCUGGAGCUCCACGAGCGUCUGCACGCGGCGCUCGCGGAUUGCCGGUGUUGCUGCGGCGCGGCGGCGCGCGGCGGUGGGUCGUUCCUUCGCGACGCGAUUCCGACGUUGACGACCGCGCGAGCGCCGUUCGCGAGGGAGUCGAGGCGGCUGAAGGAGCUCGCGCGAAAGGCGGAGGAGAGCGCCGCGGCGAGGGCGAAGGAGGAGAGGGAGCUCGCGAAAAAGGCGGCGGCGGAGCGACGCGCCGCAUUACGCGCGGAGCGCGCCGCCAAGGGCGAAAACGCAGCGGAGGAGGAGGACGAGGAGGAGGACGAGGAGGAGGAGGAGGAGGACGACGCGGACGCGAGGGAUAAGGCUGCCGCGAAGAAGACGAAGGCUGCGGGCCGCGGGCGCCCGCGGGGGCGCGCGGGCGCGGGAGGCGACGACAAGGAGAAGAACAAGGCGAAAGCCGCGUUCGUGCGUCAAAACCAAAAGAACGACGUCAGAGGCGGCGGCGGCGACGGCACCGUCAUGGGCGACGGAUUCGUGCACUACGCCGGGGACGUCUACGUGCAGUCGACGCAAAGACCGGGGGGCACGCACCACGACCUCGCGUUCGCGCUGUUUCGGAAGGACAAGACGUCGUACGCGUUCAAAGACUGCGACGCGACGGGGAAGUAUUCGAAGGGCAAGGACCAGGCGAUUCUGCGCUCGAAAAUCGCCGUCGGGAGGUACCUCGAGCGCGAAGGGCUCUCCGAGGAGGAGGUUGAGAAACGCGAGAACGCGCUCAAAGAGGCCAAGGCGAAAGCCGAGGCGGAGGCGAAAGAGAACGCGCUGAAGCACCCGCACGUGGCGAGAGAGUGCGUCGACUUCCUCGGCUCGCCCCCGCCCAAGCCGUCGACGUCGUCGCUGCCGCCGCUGCCGCCGCUCGCGGCGCCGAAACCCAAGCCGUCGACGAGACGCGAAAAAAUCGACGCCGCGCUCAAACGCUUCGACGACAUGAUCGCGCAGUGCACGUACUGCCUCUACGGCGCGGAGCUCGGAGACGUCCCGCGGCGGUGCCGCGACGAGGGCGGCGCGUCCGGGAAAGAGCUCGUGUUGACGUCGAGGAGAGCGUGCGCGGAGUUGUGGAGGCACGUGCUGCCGUACGCGGAAAACCUGCGAUCUCUCGGCAACGGACACGGCUUCAAGACGGUUCUCGACGCCGUGCGGCGCGUGUUCCCGCCCGAGAGCGCGCUCCCGCGCGACAGCCCGGACGUCGUGGACGAGUACUUGAAAGCCCUGCCCGCGUUCGCGGACGCGGAGGUCCUAAACCCGUGGGACGUCGCGUCGGAGGCGUCGAGAGGCGCGUGGGGGCGAGACGAGGAGUUCAAGCUCGCGCGCGAGGCGGUCUCGCGCGCGCCGCCGAAGCGACAACGCGAGGCGAAGGCGCGCGCGUCGCGGAAGCUCGCCGCGGUGGCCGAGGACGAGGAAGGCGGCGGCGGCGGCGACGGCGGCGGCGGCGACGGCGACGGCGACGUCGCGAUGAUCGACCUCGCGGACGGUCCGACGCCGGCGCCGACGCCCGGGCCGUCGCCCGCGCCGACGCCGGCGUCCGCGCCGGCUCCGUCCCCCGGCGGGAACAUGUGGCGCGGGCUCGCGGACAUGCUCGGCGGCCCGGGGAUCGAAACCCGCGGCGUGGACCGCGGCGCGUCGUCCCCGAACGCGGACGCCGCGGGCGGCGGCGGCGGCGCGACGGGGGACGCGGAGGAGGAAAAAGAACCUCUGAUCGACCCCGCGGUGGAGUUCGCGUCGGCGCACGAGACGCUCCAUCGGUUCUGCGCGCGCGUCGCCGACGUCGAGGAAAACGACGCCGCGUUCGAGAGAGUCUCCGAGACUUUGCCCGUGAUCUUAGACCUGAUGUACCACUGCGUCCCGGUGACGCGCGAGGAAGCGGCGAGUCGCGCGGCGCGGUGGGCGACCCAAGCCGCCGAGCGCGCCAAGACGGCCAAGAAGGGCGCCAAGUCGCGCGACGCGCCCGUCGCCGCCGCCACCGCCGCCGCGCGCCACGCGGCGCUUCUCAAGGCUGACCUCACGCACAACCCGUCCUCCUUCGACGCGUGGCUCGCGCUCGCGGAUCACCUGGACUCGUGCAAAGAUCUCGCGCUGAACGACGCGGCGAAGCUGGUGACGACGUACCAGUGGCGGCGGUCGCCGGAGGCGGAGGCGCGCGCGCGGCGGUGCCAGCUGGCGCUGCGCCGCGCGUGCUGCGCGGCGAUCGUCGCCGCGACGUGCGACGAGGAGCGAUCGGCCGCGUACGAGCGCGCCGGGCUCGCGGCGUACGAGCACGUGUCUCGCGCGCCGCCGUUCCACGACGGGCGACGAUUCGUGAUGUCAAGAGACGCGGGGUGGCGGCGGUCGCUGGGGUUGUGCCGCGACGCGUUCGACGGCGCCGCGAGCGCGGCGCCGGAGGAGUGGACGCAUCGACUCAUGGGCGUCAAGAUUGGCAGGAAGCUCGGCGAGCCGCUCGACGUGUUGUUCCGACGCGUGGACGAGACGCUGAAGCUCGCGCCCGGGAACCUGGAGGUGUUUUAUCAGACGCACACGACGCGCGUGAAGGCGCUGUUGAAGAUCGCCGCGAGUUCCGCGGCGGGGUGGACGAUGCCGGCGGGGGCGGCGGGGGGGCGGGGAAAAGCCGCCGCCAAAGCCGCGCUCGCGAAGGACCUGCGACUCGUCGCGUCGCACGCGUUCGAUCCCGAGGCGGUUAAGUCUAAGGACGCCGGGUGGGACGCGCUGUGGGACGACGCCGUCGCCGGCGUGCGCGCGUGCGCGAAGAUGCUGCCGACGUACCACAAGGCGCAUUACCGCAUCGCGUGGGCGCGGCUGCGGAAACCGGGGGACGCCGCCGACGCCGUCGCGCGCGUCGCCGAGGCGAAAGACGCGUUGCUGCCGUUGUUUAAGACCGCGGAGAACGCCAGCGGGUUCGCGAAAGCGGACGUCGCGCAGUACCGCCCUCACGGCGGCGGCCCGCCUCGAUUCGCGGUGAACAUGUGGGAGAUCGAAGACGGCAACUCGGGAGUGACGCGCGGCGCGUGUCGCCGCGGCGUCGUCGCCGGCGCGUUCAAACUGGAGACGGUGGGCUUAAAUGAGUCCGCGCGGAAAUACGUGAGCGCCGUUCGACGCGCGACGCGCGUCUACGUGUGCAUGUCCUUCGCGCUCGGGGACUUAUCCCCGCUCGUCGCCGCGCCGGGGUUCAUAGGCGACGAGAAGAACAAGUUCGCGAAGAGCAUGCGCGACAUCAAGUCACUGGCGUUUGGUCUCGCAGUCCGCGCCGUCGCAGCCGCGUGCGCGGCGGUCGUCCCGGACCCGCGGUCGCUCGAGCUCGCGUACUACGCGUGGGCGGAGCACGGCUGCAAGGCGGCGGCGACGGCGUGGGACGAAGCCGUCGCCGCGUCCGUGCACGAGAUCAAGAUCGAGCGCGACGCCGCCGCCGCCGCGCGCGGAGACGACGACGACGACGACGACGACGCGCCGGCGAAACUUUUGGGCGAACCGUUCUCGGCGGCGUUGAAAAACUGCGCCGGGCCCGAGCUCGACGCGCGCGUCGACGCGUCCGCAUUCGAGACGCUCGCGCGCGCGCACGUCGCGUCGCUGAAGGACGAACGCGACGUCGCGACGUUACGCGCGCUGCUGACGGACGCGGCGAAGAAGCUCGCGGACGCGUCGAAGCGCGCGGCGCGCGCGACGAAGGGCGCGGAGGCCGCCGCCGCCGCCGCGGCGACGGCGGCGGCGACCGCGCCGGCGACGCGACUCCGAGCGUUCGUCCGCGACGCGCUGGUCUUGACGAUCGAGCGCGCGAUCGCGGCGGGGGACGUGCGCGUCGUCGCCGUCGCCGAGAACGACGGAGACGCGGAGAACGCCGAGGACGCCGCGGCGAUCGCCGUCGUCGAAGCCGCCGCGACGCGGCGGCGGGUCAACGCCAACGUCGUCGCCGGCGCGCUCGGGCUUCACAAGGAGGCUGAGCUCGCGGCGUCGCCCGCCGCGACGGAAGCGCACGAGGCGUCUCGGUACGCGGUCCACGCGGACGCGCUCGCGGAGGCGGCGAGCGCGUCCGCGAAAGCCGCCGCGGACGGGUUGCGACACGUCGAGGCGGCGGCGGCGGCGGCGGCGCGCGACGCGGGCGUCGUCGCGAUGGACGUCGUAAAUGAGUCCGCUCAGGUCUUCGCCGCCACGGUCCAGUCCCCGACGAAGCAGCUCGAGCGCGCGGUGCGAGCGAGAGACGAGCUCGCGGUCGCACACGCGGCGAGGCUGGAGGCUGAGACGGCGGCGACGGCGCGCGCGGCGGCGGCGAGGGGUCGCGCCGACGCGUUGCUCGCCGCCGCGGAGGCGGCGCGUCUCGCGACGGCGUCCGCGACCGCGCUGCUUCGCCGCGCGCUCGUCGCCGCGCUCGGUGCGGAUAAGACGAACGUCGACGACGCCGCGCUCGCGUCCAUCGCGGAGGAGUACGUCAAAGAAGCGGGGCUGUGGGAUCCGAUCGCGGAGGCGCGAAAGACGGGCGGCGGGCGAUGGGGCGGCGGCGGCGGCGCGGGGAAGACGGCGACGGCGACCGUGGCGGCGACCGAGGGCUCCGGCGGCGGCGGCGGCGGCAGCGCGAAGAAACGCGUCAGCGUCGGCGACGUCGGGCAGGGGUCGGGCGAGCGCGCGACGCGGCUCAGCACCGGCGGAGAGUAGAGAAGAAGAAGAAGAAGAAGAAGAAGAAGACGCGCGUUGAUCGCGUCGUCUGAUUUUAUUACAGUACGUCAGUGAUUAGUCACAGAUGAUUCAAUAAUAGACACGCGUCGUCGACGCGUCGUUCACAC